AUGUUCUCCAUGGCAGUGCACGAAGCAAAACUCCUCUCUGGUAAUACUGACAACAGCUCAGCGGCACUCAACGUGAUCGACGGUCGAAUCCUUCAUGCCUACAAGCUCACCCCUGCUUCCCCAAACACCUCUUCCCGCCUUAGGCACUCCCCAACGCACACCAGGAGCUCUUACACCCUUCCCCCUACAACCCCAGCACCCCAAACUCCUACACCUGAACUGCGCUUGCCCUCAACACCUCAGCCCCCGGCCACUUUGACCCCUAACAGUUACUACCCCUCUCCUAUUUCCCACCCAUACCCCAUAUCUCCUCCUGCCUCCGUCACACCCCAUUAA